GGUAUAUAGGUAGAUGUCCCAUAUUGUCUCCCCCCCCUUUAACUCGUCGAUCGUUGCACAGCUCCGUUUUUCAUAUUCCGGGCCGUCUCAACCUUCACACGAUGCCACGAAAACUGCCUCCGCUUCGGUUCGUCAGGUCGGUCCUGAAAUCGUUCAUGGCCGAGUCUGGCUUGGAGCCGAGAUUGUUGGGACCCCACCUUCGGGUGACCAACGCCGUCGCUGGCGAAGUUCAGUUUGAGCUGGACAUCACGAAGGACCACACGAACCGGCUCAAGAUCCUCCACGGCGGCACGAUUGCUAGCAUGGUCGACCUCGGGGGCUCGCUCGCGGUCGCCUCGAUGGGGCUCUACGCCACCGGCGUGUCGACAGACCUGAACGUGACAUACCUGAGCAGCGGCGGCAAGGUGGGCGACAAGAUUACCGCUACGGCCGUCUGUGACAAGAUUGGCAAGACGUUGGCGUACACGUCCAUCACGUUCAGAAACAGCCAGGGCGAGCUCGCAGCAAGGGGAAGCCAUACCAAGUACGUGACGCAAGCCUGGAAAGCGCAGGAGAACCCGUUCACGCCUCCGGAGGGGGCCGAAGUGGAAGAGGAGAAGUGACACGGGUGCGUCGUGCUCUGCUCGACUGAGGGAGGACGAUCCCAGCGGGAGGGGGUGCCGCGUUAUAGAACUCCCAUGUAGGUAACUAAGAACCUAGAAGUAGACGGGCAGCGGCAGCACAGAGGAAGAGCGUUUGUCGAGGAGGCUAUUAGAAGUGAAUAUGGAGAUUACUCGCAACCAGAGGAUACGCGUGCGCCGCGUCUCUGCGUCGACGUUGCUAUGUGCCUAGCAUACCUCCCUACCACCGUGAUAAUCCGACGGCCAAGGACCCCUUCGCGACGGCGAGAUCCGCGACGACCUGCCGAACGGCGCACCCGGGACGAGUGCGGGGCCAACGCCAGGCGUCGCCAGCGGCUAAAGGAAUAUGUAUGCCCAGGCAUCGAGCAGCAGGGGUUUGGCCACAUUAGGCAAGGCGAGCCUGGCUUGGUGGUUGGCCCUGAGCGAGCGUCACCUUGUUGGGAGUAGAGCAGAGUAGAGUAGAGUAGAGAGAGAGAGUAAUAGAGAGAGAGGAUGGUUGACAAGGGGACGGGAGAAUUAACGAGGGGGCCACCGCACUCGGGUCGUCCCUGUUCGCUGUUUCACUAUGCACACACACUCUCUCUGUCUGCCUCCCCAGUUCUCUCGCCUUCGUCGUCGUCGUCGUCCUCCUCCUCCUCCCCUCCCACCUUCCGCUCUCCUAGGUUCUUCUUUCCUCCCACCUUCCGCUCUCCUUGGUUCCUC